CCCAAGCUGAAGUAUAGCACCGUGGCCCUGGUGAUCCCUGCGAAAAGCGUUUUCGUUUUGAGUUUGUCUAUUUCAGGAUAGCAAAAGGUUGUACAAACGAAGAUAGCAAAAGUUGUUCAAACGAAAAAGUAAAAGAGAUCAUGCUCGCCUCUACGCGGCAUAAUCUCGUCCUGGACGCAGCAGAGGAGCUGUGGACCAACUUGACAACUUUCUCCACCUCCUCCUCGUCCUCUUCUUGUUCGCGGCACCGCGUGACAGCAUCAAACUUCAGCAGCCUUUUCGUCCCAGGACAGGAGAACACUGUCCUCCCACAACUCCUCGUCAAGGAGUCCGGGUUUUCUGGUCGCAUGCCAGAUUUCUACGAGAAUCGCUUGCCCGAUACCCCGUCCUCUAUGCCCGGGAACAUCAAGCGCGGUUCCACGAACAAAUAUGGAUUGCAAAUAUGUCUGGGUCUCGAAGAGUGCAACUUGUAUUGCGUGUCCGAGAUUCCAGAAUAAAGAUCUGUAUUGCAGAAAAGCAACAAAACUGCCGCAGUUAUUUCGUCAUGAAAAAGCGCAGUUUGAUGUAAUGCGCACUGAAGAUGAGAGAGCGUCUGAAAUAGAAUUUGUCAUGCUACAAUGCUCUUACAGGCGCAGUCACUCAUGGCUAUUCAGCAUUACAGGCUUCCAGCCUCAGACAUAUUUGCAUUCGAUAACAAAGGGACCCACACCGUUUCCGAACAGGAAGAGCAGAUUCACGAGGUCGGGAAACUCACCUAUCCUGUGCAAAAGUAUCGUACUCGUAUUGCAAUCAUGCAUUACAAAUCUUUUGCCUGAGGUCAAUCCGCAUUAGAAAUUUUCUUUCUCAUGCUAAGGAAAUUUGUAUAUGCAUUUAUACGAGUACGAUACUUUAACUUUUGCAGUUCAUAUCACCGUCUACGGUGCCAUUGGAUUCGGCGCGUUUUCCCUCGGUGGCAUCAUCGCCGCCACGGAGAUGGAUCGCAAAGUGCUGACGAAAACGUCAGUAUCGAAUGGCAAUAAAGUUGAUGUAAGUUGUACGGUACUCGUAGUUAAUACCAAUAGUGCAUGACAAAUAGCUUUUCUUAGGAACAACUUUAGCAUGAGAAACUCCACUUGUCAGGCACUGCUUGAGCCAAUUUGUGUUGCAAAAUGACUACCAGUACUACACUACUUUUGCGAGGCAUAACCCGAUUUUGUCGACGAUUACGUGAUGCAGUCCAGUGACGAGGAGAUCGAUGAGUAUGGGGACGUUUCAAAUGCAAAUAUCGAUCUGGGUCUGGAACCUUGUGAUGCUAAAACGUGGCUGAUGGAGAAGAGGAGACUGCACUUGACUUCCGAAUGGUGCACCGCCGCAUGAAGACAAGUUUCCAGAACGCUUCCUCAUAGAUAGUUCGCAUGAGAAUGAGGAACUGCGUCUUCGCAUGUUGUCAAAAGAGGCUACGACUUUCGUAGUUGGAGGUCACCAGUAAUAUAGUGCAAUACAGAUUCAGAUUUAAUAUUCCCAGGAGUGUUGUAUACCUCCCAUUUUAUACACGUUCCAACUUUCCAGACCCGGAUGACAUAGUUGCACUCGAUAGGACGUGGUGAAAAAACCGAAAUCCAUGAAAAAGCGUUUCAACCUGAAGGACAAGGUUGACAACUUAUUCGGCGACCAGUCGGAACUGGAGCCGGACUCUGACGCCACCGACGUGUCCGAUAUCUCCGACAUGGAAAAAGGCUUCCGCCGCACCAAGCGCGAAAUCGAAGCCAGUGGGCAGAUUCUGGAGGGCGGGCAGAGUCGGAACAAAAAGACGGACAUGCAGAAGGCGCUGCAGCAGACCAAGGAAGCGGAGUUGGGGGUCAAGGAUGACGUAUCCUGUGCAAAAGUAUCGUGCUCGUACUCGUAGUAAUUGCAGUCAUGCAUUACAAAUUUCUUUCCGAACGUAAAUCCGCAUGACAAAUUUUAUCUCUCAUGCUGGGGAAAUUUGUAAUGCAUUUAUACGAGAAGUGCGAUACUUUUGCAGUUCAUACGACGUGAAACUAGCGGGGGAAAUUCAGGAUGAUGAGGGUGUUAAUGCUGCUCUUGGCGGUGGACUGCAGGGAGUGAAUGCCGGAGAAGGAGUAUCCAAGAAAAAAACUGUGUUAGUGUAACUUUCUUUGGCUGACAGCAUCACAAAUAUGCUCUACAUGACAGAGAAAACCUGUCAUGCGUGGCUUGUAAGGGGAAAUACACAUGAAAAAAGGACUUCAUGGCUGUGUGGCAUGACAGAUGUAACUCUGUUGCAUGUUUUGCAUUACAGAUUUACACUUAAUACACAGUUUUUUUCUUGCAUAAGGAGGGGAUAGCGACGAUCAACAGGACGCGAUGAUGGAGAAGCGCCGGCGGGAAGUGCUGCAGGCAUAUGCAUUGCAAAUAUGUUUCUGGGUCUGGAUUUGUCAUGCAAAAGAAAGUUGCAGGGGAAAGAGAUAAAGAUCUGUGAUGCAGCAGGGCUAGGACACACUUUUUUCUGUCGUGCUGUAACAAGAGCCCGCAAUUAUACGGCCCGAAAAAUUUGUGAUGCGUGGAUAUUGUCGCACAGAGCCUCGCUCUGUCAUGCAAUACUCUGCAACACAAAUUCGGUGCGUCCUCUUUUCAGCCCCGGAUCUUCGAUAUUUGCAUUUGAUAAGGGGCAGCAGGAAGCGAAUGCGGUGGGGAACGUGGCCAUGAUGGGCAAGGGAGGACAACAGGGAGGUGGUGCAGCGGAUAGUCCGGGCGAGAAGGCGAAGGGCGACAGUCCGAAAGCAAAAAAGAAACCGGGGAAGAAAAAGAAGUGAAUAAAAUAUGUUGAGUGCAUCAAUGUCAAGAGAUAUUUUCAAACAACGUGCUCCAUAGAUGGCCACUCACUCUUGCUGCACCGGGGCCGCUCCUUCUUGCAUGGAGGCUCCUGCUCUGAGUACAACUUACUAGUAGGAAGACGUACAAGAAGAACGUCACAAUGGUGAGAAAAGUGGAUGCUUUUUCAGAAGUAGUCUUGCGCACGAAUGAAUUUUUAGCUGCAGAAGAUCUUCUUGCACGAAGGCUUUAAUACUAGAAGAAGUUCUUGGAUGAAGAUCCG